AGUCACAGAGGACUCAAACGCCCUUUCUCUUUCUCUCCAAAAAGAUCCCAAAAAGCUUCACUUUUUUCUCGCUUUUUCUCUCACUACAGCAUAUACGUGUAGAGAGGGGAAGUGUUUUUAGAGAGAGAGAGAGUAUGUGCAACAAUAACUCUCCCAGUCCUAUGCUCAACAAACCAGCGCGUAAAAUUAGAACCAAGACGAGGAAGCCCAAGUUCCUCAGCCUCCUCCUAGAGCUCUCGCCGGAAAACACACAACAAUCCGGCGGAGGAAUGACCACCACCACCCAUCACCAGCUCGAGCUAUUCCCACUGCACCCAGAAAACUUAACCCAAGAAAAAGACAGUACUACCCACGACGACAACAACCUCGAACACUUCUUCGCCGCUGCGGACGGCGGCUCCACAACCCUCACCGCCCUCCUCGGCGGCUCCUCCGCCACCACUUCUUCAGAAGAAAACAACUCGAUGUCACUAACGUACGCCUACGGGGGACAGGACAGCGAGGAGGUGGAGUUGGUACGGACGGCGCUGAGGAGCAAAGAGAGGGACGCGAGUGAAGAGAAGUGGGUCUGCUACUCGGAGGUCGUUGAGAGGAAGAAUGAGCUGGAAGUUACUAGCUGCGCCGCGGACCUACAGUAUAAAAAUCAGACGGUGGCUGGGUUGUCGUUGAAGCUUGAUUAUCAAGAGAUCAUGAAUGCUUGGUCUGAUAAGGGUCCACUUUACAUCCAAACCGCUGAUGAGUCCCCACAAACCGUUCCUGAUCUGUCUGAUGAUCCCAACGGGAUGAUGGAUGGUAGGGGAAGCAAUGGAGGGUUGUGGAGAGUCCCAGAGAAGUGCUGCAGCAAUGGCCUUGUCAAACCGAAAAUGGAGGAAGUACAAGGUGGAGAAGAGUGGAAGAUGGGGCAGAGAGAGGCUAGUGUGUUGAGAUACAAGGAGAAGAGGCAGAACAGGCUUUUCUCUAAGCGUAUCCGCUACGAAGUUCGAAAGCUCAACGCCGAUAAACGGCCCCGUGUCAUGGGGAGAUUUGUUAAGAGCAGUUGAGGAGAAAGUACAUAUUUUUCGAACACUUGUGAUGAUACCAGACAAUAAGGGCUUAUAUGGUCCUCAAAAGUAGUGUUCUUAUUUCUCUUUUGUAAAGACACUGAAGUGGUAUAGCAUGCUAAAAUAGCUAGACUCCGGAAUGAUAGGAGUUUCGUGCACUAAACUAAUCUAUUAUAAGUUCCAAAUCUAAAGGGAAUUUGUAUUUU